CCCUCUCCUCCUCCACGUUUAAAAAAACAACGCUCUCCUUCCUCUCUCUCCAACGUUUUCGAAUUCAAACUCUCUCUAGAUUGCUCGCGAUCUUAGAACAAUGAGGACGAAGAACAAAAACACCGACAGCGCCGGCGAGUCUCGGUUUUUAGGAACCAUUUCGGCUUCUUCGCUUCGAAACCUCCUUCCCAGAUCCACUUCCACCAAGAACAGCAAAUCCAUCUUCAACCUUCGAAACCCUAACUCCGAAAACACUCCUCCACUCAGUCCUAACAUCCAGACCAAUCGCCACGCUGGCGACGAUCCGUCUGCUUCGCCAAUCAAGCCUGUACUCUCCGAUCUGUCCAAAUCUCAGAUCACAGAAUCGGACGGCCAGGAACAAGCGUCGGCUGCUCUUAACUCACCAACGGUGAAGAGUGUGAUUGAUCGAUCCAACGGUCAGGGUGAACUCCUACCACCUCUGGACCCAUCAGUGAAGGUUGUGGUGAGAAUUAGACCUACUAAAGAUGGUGCAAAUUGGGGAGAUCGGACAGUUAAGAAGGUUUCUUCGCGCAGUUUGUCCGUUGGGGACCGUACAUUUUCAUUUGAUUCGGUUUUUGAUUCGAAAUCCGGACAGGAAGAUGUUUUUCAGAUGGUUGGUGUGCCUGUGGUUGAAAAUGCAUUAGCCGGUUACAAUACUUCCAUCUUGUCAUAUGGACAGAGCGGAAGUGGCAAGACAUACACACUAUGGGGUCCGCCGAGUGCUAUGGUUGAGGAUGCCUCUCCUGGAAGUUGCCAAGGCAUUGUUCCACGCAUCUUCCAAAUGUUGUUUUCUGAGAUUCAAAGGGAGCAAGAGAACUCUGAAGGGAAACAGUUGAAUUACCAGUUCCGUUGCUCUUUUCUCGAGAUAUAUAACGAACAAAUAGGAGAUUUACUUGAUCCAACCUUGCGGAACCUUGAGAUUAAGGAUGACCCAAAAAAUGGAUUUUAUGUUGAGAAUCUGACUGAGGAGUAUGUGACUAGCUAUGAGGAUGUGACACAAAUUUUGAUUAAGGGGCUUUCAAGUAGAAAAGUUGGAGCAACUAGCAUGAACUCCAAGAGCUCAAGGUCCCAUAUUGUUUGUACAUUCAUCAUCGAAUCCUGGUGUAAGGAGACCUCAUCCAAGUGCUUUGGUAGCUCAAAAACAAGCAGGAUGAGUUUUGUUGAUCUUGCUGGCCUGGAUAGAAAUAAAGGUGAUGAUGAUACAGGUAGAAAAUGUGCGAGGGAAGACAAAUAUGUAAAGAAGUCAUUGUCAAGGCUUGGGCUUUUGGUAAAUACUCUUGCAAAAGCGCCUCAGUCUGGAAAAUCUGAAGAUGUUCCAUUUAAGUCUUCCUGCUUAACAAAUUUACUGCGAGAAUCAAUUGGUGGCAACUCAAAACUAACUGUCAUAUGUGCAAUUUCCCCAGAUAACAAAAAUAAUGGUGAGAUACUGCAAACACUAAGGUUUGGAGAACGAGUGAAAUCUGUUAGGAAUGAACCAGUAAUAAAUGAAAUAACAGAGGAUGAUGUUAAUGAUCUGAGUGAUCAAAUUCGCCAGUUAAAGGAAGAACUUAUAAGAGCAAAGUCUAGUGGAUCGCUUGUGAUUAAGAACGGAUAUUUCCAAGGGAGAAAUGUACGUGAAAGCUUGAAUCAAUUGCGGGUGAGCCUGAAUCGAUCUUUGAUUUUACCCAGCAUAGAUAAUGAUUCUGAUGAAGAGGUAAAUAUGGAUGAACAUGAUAUAAGGGAACUACGUGAGCAGCUAGAUGAGCUGCAUAAUUCUUAUGAGAAGGAUAUUAGGGACAAUUCUGUCAGUAAAGAUUCUGAUCAGUUGGGUGGAAGUUGUGAUACGGACUCGAUAAGGGAAGCUGACUUUCAUAGUUCAGACGAAAAAGAAAUCGAGGUAUUUGAAGAAAUUGAUCUGGAAUUUUCUCAGAAUGAGCUUCCUCCUAAGGACAACAACAAAUUGGCAGAAAACCUUUCUCCUACCACCGCCAGUCUAGAAAACAGAAGUGGUGUUUCAAUCAGUUUAUGCUGUCAGUCCCCAGUCCUCCAAGACCCAACACUGUCUGAGUCUCCAAAAAUUGGAAAUGCACAAAGAAAGAGUGUCACUUUUGCACCAAGUUGUUCAGUUAGUCAGAACAAUGUACCAGACAAUUCCAAGUUCAAGUCAGAUGUAUUGAGACACUCACUUAACCAAAGUGAAAACAUCCAAUCCUCUUUGCGCUCAAGCAAGAUAUUUCCAGGCCCCACUGAGUCAUUGGCUGCCAGCCUCCAGAGGGGCUUGCAGAUAAUUGACUCCCACCAGCAGAACUCCAAAUCAAGCAAAUCUGCAGUCUCGUUCUCCUUUGAGCAUUUGGCAUUGAAACCUGUUAAAGCUAAUUCUUCAUCUCAAACAUUACCAGAAACAAGGCCAUCCAUAGAUGGGCCAUCUUCUUCGUUCCUUUGUGCAUCAUGUAAAAAAAGAGUGUAUAAAGAUGAUGCCAAUGAGGUCCAGGAUAGCUUGAAAACAUGGACUGUAGUAGUUGAUGAAGCAGGAAAUCCUAACCAAAUGACUGAGGAUGGAUUGGAAGAAGCUAAAAAGGAGGAGCUUGAGAAUCGUUGCAAGGAGCAAGCAGCUAAAAUUGAGCAGUUAAACCAACUGGUAGAGCAAUUCAAAAGUUGUGCAGAAAAUGGUAAAGAAAUGAUACCAUAUGAGGAGUUCAAAGACGGAAAGAAGCUUGUGAGGGGCAGUUCUGUUGAUAUUCACCAACCAGAGAUUAUAAAGGAGAAAUAUGAAAUACGGGAAGUUCAGACUCAGUUCGAUCUUGGGUAUGGGAAUGCAGAUUUUGAUAUGGAUGAGAAGGAAGUACUACUUAAGGAAGUUCAGAUGUUAAGGGCCAAAUUGCAGUCACGCACUGAUGCAUUACCCAACAAGUCCACUGAGAGUCUGAGAUCCUCUUUAUUGUCACGAUCCAUGCAACUGCGAAAAAGUGGUGCAUUUCAAGAUAACAGCAAGGAAGAACUAGAGAAGGAAAGACAGAGAUGGACAGAAAUGGAGAGUGAUUGGAUUUCCUUAACUGAUGACUUGCGGAUAGAUCUUGAAUCCAUCCGUCGACGAGCAGAUAAAGUGGAGAUGGAAUUGAAAUUGGAGAAGCAAAGCACUGAAGAGUUGGAUGACGCGCUUCAUAGAUCUGUCCUUGGGCAUGCUCGCAUGGUUGAACACUAUGCUGAACUACAAGAUAAAUACAAUGACUUGGUUGCAAAGCACCGUGCAAUCAUGGCAGGAAUAGCAGAAGUGAAGAGGGCAGCAGCAAAGGCAGGAGCAAAAGGUCGUGGAUCUCGCUUUUCCAAAUCCCUGGCAACAGAGCUCUCAGUAUUGAGGGUGGAAAGGGAGAGGGAGAGGGAACUUUUAAAGAAGGAGAACAAGAGUCUCAAGAUUCAACUGAGAGAUACUGCAGAAGCUGUUCAUGCUGCCGGAGAACUCCUUGUUAGGCUUAGGGAAGCUGAACAUUCAGCAUCAGUUGCAGAGGAGAAUUUUAGGAAUGUGCAUCAAGAAAACGAAAAGUUGAAGAAGCAAAUGGAGAAGCUUAAAAGAAAACACAAGAUGGAGCUGAUCACCAUGAAGCAAUACAUGGCAGAGAGUAAACUGCCAGAGUCUGCUUUGCAACCACUAAACCGGGAGGACUCUGACAUUCCGCAGAACACAAUCAUAGAUGAUGAUCAGGCAUGGAGAGCAGAAUUCGGAGCCAUAUAUCAAGAACAUUACUGACUGGUCAAAAUUUGAAACCAAAAUGCAAUUUGGAAAGUUUUGGUCUGCUCACUGGCAGUGCAAGCAUUCAACUACCGAUUUAUCUGGUUUGCUCACAGGCAGUGCAAGCAUUUAACUACCGAUUUAUCUGAAUGAGACCCAACUUGGGGUUCAUGCAAUAGACAACAGUACUAUGAAUUUGUUCCUUUUCUAUUCUUUUACCGAGUGCCUCAAUCCAUAUGAUUCAGUGUUUGUCUUGAAGCUAUGUCUUGUAAAUUUAUUUUUCGGGAUUAGACUCCAUAAUCUAUUGCCAAGGAUUCACAA